AACAACCUUCAGCUUUAAUUGAAACCCUUUUCUCUCUUGCCUACUCUCACCAUUGGAACCAAUUCUAUUUGAAUUUGGUCUGAUGGUUUUUAGGAUCUGAAUAAACUCUAGAGAAAGCCAAAGACUUCUUCACGAUCAUACUCCUGCACAAACUAAGAAGGCUUAAUCAGGAGUUACAUGGAUAAGGUGAUGGGAUUGGCCUCUGAGAAGGGGGUAGUGAUCUUCAGCAAGAGCUCAUGUUGCUUGUGUUAUGCAGUCAAAAUUCUAUUCCAAGAAAUUGGGGUGGACCCCGUGGUUUGUGAGAUUGACCAAGACCCUGAAGGCAGGGAAAUGGAAAAGGCUCUCACAAGGUUGGGGUGUAACGCGCCUGUACCGGCCGUUUUUAUCGGUGGAAAGCUGAUGGGUUCCACGAAUGAAGUCAUGUCCCUCCACCUAAGUGGCUCACUCAUUCCAAUGCUCAAACCCUACCAGAACUAAUCUUAAUUUACCACUUCAUUAUGAAGAUGGAAGAAUAAAAAUUGGCUUGGUUAGUAGUCUAGCUAGUGUGUUCUAUGCUUAGUAGUCCAUGUAGAAGUUGUUUGUGUUAAGUAUUUCAUAGUUUUCAUUAGCUCGUGUGUAAUAUGUUCCCCUAUGUUAAUGAAGUUAGCUUUAUAUAAA